AUGAUUGGACUUCCCGAAGAUGAUCUUCGGCGACGUCACCCGUCCACAGCCUCUAAGUCAAGUAGCAAUGGCAGUUCGGCUUCCAAUGGUGCAGGAGGCGUCACCCGGAAACUCUCUUUUGCGCAAAUGAGAAAAGAAGAGUCAGCAAAAGGUAGUAGUUCAGGGUGGACCAAUUACAGAGGAUUUUUCAACCUAGCAAUGCUUUUACUGGUUGUUUCCAAUGGUCGUGUGGCGCUCGAAAACCUCAUUAAAUAUGGCAUACUUAUAUCUCCAAUAAAGUGGGUGUCCUUCAUGUUAGAGGAGGCAUCUAUAUGGAACUGGCCAAAUUUCGCCAUGGUUCUGCUAUCAAACAUCACAAUAAUGGUUGUUUUCCUGAUGGAAAAGAUUCUGGAGAAAGGCUACCUGGGCAACUAUUUCGCGGCUGUCUUCUAUUGUAUACUUAUUCCGGCGCACUUAGCUGUUCCUGCUGCAUUCACGCUGGUUCUUAAGGGUAAUCCACUAUGUUCUGUCUGCGCUCUAUCCGUUUUUGUGAUUGAGUCGCUGAAAUUAGUGUCGUAUGUCCACGUGAACUAUUGGUGUAGAUGUGCUCGCCUCGAGAAAGCCGUUGAGUCGAAAAAGGAAGAUAUCACCAGGCACGAGCUGUCGCCACCUGAGAUGGCUUCAUUGUAUCCCGCAUCACUGAACCUCUGUGAUCUCUAUUACUUCAUGUUGGCUCCAACCCUAUGUUACGAGCUCAAAUUUCCGCGAUCUGUUCGACGACGGAAGUGGUUUCUCAUCAAAAGAUUCGUCGAGUUGGUAUUCCUUACAUUUUUGGUAGCAGCUUUGGUACAGCAGUGGAUUGUUCCAACUGUGCACAAUAGCAUGCGCCCACUUAACGAAAUGGAAUUUGGCAGAAGUCUUGAGAGGCUCUUAAAAUUGGCAAUACCUAAUAUUGUCAUAUGGUUGAUUGGCUUUUACACAAUAUUUCACGCGAUGCUGAAUUUGAUCGCGGAAGUGCUGCGGUUUGCAGACAGGGAAUUCUAC